AAAAGGUGCCCUUUCAGCUCCCCAUCGAGUCAAUAUCUCAGGCUCGCCACCCUACACACUAUCUCUCACUCGUCACUCACAAGUCGCAAAGAACUGCUUUCAAGGAGCCCAAGAUGAAAUCCUCAACAAUCUUCCACCUUAUCGGUGCUGCCCAGGCGCACACGAUCAUGCAAUCCUUCAACGGCAAUCCCCAGGGCGCGGGCAUCUACAUGCCCAGUGAUGACUCGUUCAUCUCGGAUGUGAACUCUAACUCGAUUGCUUGCAACGGACCCCCUGUGACUUCCUUCCGGUCCUCCUCCCAAGUGUUCACCGUGCAGGCCGGUUCCGAGGUCACUGGCGCAUGGCUGCAUACUCUGACCAGCACCGGGCCGGAUUCGACCGCCGACAACAAAGUCAUCGACUCCAGCCACAAGGGACCUAUUGGCGUCUGGAUGAAGAAGGUGUCCGAUGCUACCCAGAACCCAUCGGCUGGGCCGGGUGGAGGCUGGUUCAAGAUCGCCGAAGAAGGCCUGAACAAUGGCAGGUGGGGUGUCGACACUCUGAUUGCCUCCGGUGGUAUCCACAAGGCUAGAAUCCCGACCUGCAUUGAGAACGGCGAUUAUCUCUUACGGUUCGAGAUUCUCGCCCUGCACUCUGCCUACAGCCAAGGCGGUGCGCAGUUCUACAUGGAAUGUGCCCAGAUUCGUGUCACUGGAGGCACGGGAACUGAAAAGCCCGCCACCGUAUCCUUGCCGGGUGCUUACCCGAAAUCCGACCCCGGUAUUGUUGUCAACAUCUAUAACAACAAUGGCCAACCGUACCCGUCGAGCUACAGUAUUCCCGGACCUCGCCCGUUUACUUGCAGUGGCUCGUCGGGCUCCGGCCCAAGCGGCGGCGGCAGCGGCGCUACGGCGGCACUAUAUAGCCAAUGCGGCGGAAGCGGGUGGACCGGCCCUACUACUUGUGCCUCCGGCACUUGCAAGGCGAGCAACCAGUGGUAUAGCCAGUGCUUGCCGUAA